UUUAUACAAAUAAAUAAAUAAUUAACCUAAUUAAAUAGUUUUCACAGGAAAUUGACUCUGUCUUAACCUUGUAUAAAUGCAAUUUUACUAUAUCCAAUAUACAAAAAUUGAUUUCAAUGAGAUUGCACAGUGAAUAAUUGUGGCUGCGUAUUUUUUGUCCAGGUCCUCAAAUGAUAAUUGAUGAUCACUACAGAAGAUGAGUAGCCAGCAUCAGUAUAUGAUUGUGAACAAUACCCCAAGUUCACGUGUCGGAGAUAUUGAACAUAUUAAUCACUUGUCAGAAAACAUAGGGUCCCUCUGUCUUUCAUCCGAGUAUUCGGAUGUGACCCUAAUAGUAGAGGGGCACAGGAUCCCUGCCCAUAAAGUGAUCCUCGCUGCCAGCAGCGACUACUUCAGGGCCUUGCUCUAUGGCGGCAUGAGAGAGGCUAAUCAGGCCGAGGUGGAGCUCCAGGCACCGCUGCAGGCCUUCAAGGCACUUCUACGCUAUGUCUACUCAGGUCACAUGGGCCUGUCGUUGCUGCGCGAGGACACAGUGCUGGACAUGUUGGGGCUGGCGCAUCAGUUCAACUUCCAGGAGUUGGAGGCGGCUAUAUCGGACUACCUGCGGCAGGUGCUCGCGCUGAGGAAUGUCUGCGCGGUCCUGGACGCAGCCAGAUUGUAUGGAUUGGACGCACUGAUGGAUUACUGCUAUAACUUCUUGGACAGAAACGCAAUCGAGGUCCUGCAGCAUGAUACCUUCAUGCAACUGUCAGUUGAAGCUCUGCAAGGUCUGCUAGAACGAGACUCGUUCUUCGCGCCCGAGGUGGAUAUCUUCAAGGCGGUAUGCGAUUGGUUCUCAGCCAACCAGGGUUGGGCCAAGUCUGAGAGCGGACAGGCGCAAGUGGAGAAGAUAUUGAAAUGCGUCCGGCUGACCUUGAUGAGCCUGGAGGACCUGCUGACAGUGGUGCGGCCGUUCUCACUGGUGACACCCGACAUGCUCCUUGAUGCUAUACAGCAGAAGACGCAGACCAAGAGCACAGAUCUACCGCAUAGAGGAUUGCUGCUGCCCGAGGAGAACGUGGCGACGGUGGCGCGGGGCGCCCGCGUGGUGGCCGGCGACAUGCGGUCCGCGCUGCUCGACGGAGACACCGACAACUACGACAUGGAGCGCGGCUACACGCGACACACCAUCACCGACGCGGCCGACAACCCCGGCAUACUGGUGCGGCUCGCCACCUGCACCAUCAUCAACCACCUACGGCUGUUGCUGUGGGACCGCGACAACAGAUCGUACGCUUACUACAUCGAGGUCUCCGUGGACCAGAAGGACUGGGUGCGCGUGAUCGACCACAGCAACUACUUCUGCCGCUCCUGGCAGAACCUGUACUUCGAGCCGCGCGUCGUGCAGUACAUCAAGAUUGUAGGCACCAGCAACACAGUCAAUAAGGUGUUCCACGCGGUGUCGCUGGAGGCGCUGCAGACGGCGCGGGUGCCGCCGCUGCGGGCCGGCCUCGUGCGGCCGCUGCACAACGUCGCCACCGUCGACCGCGCCGCAGUCGUCAUCGAGGGCAUCAGCCGUUGCCGCAACACUCUCCUAAACGGCGACACGGAGCACUACGACUGGGAGCAUGGUUACACGUGCCACCAGCUGGGCUCGGGCGCCAUCGUGGUGCAGCUGGCGCAGCCCUACCUGCUGUCGUCGAUGCGCAUGUUGCUGUGGGACUGCGACUACCGCCACUACUCCUACUACGUGGAGACCUCGCUCGACUACUGGAAAUGGGAGGUCGUGUGCGACCGCACCAGGGAUGCCUGCAGAUCGUGGCAAGUGAUAUAUUUCUCCCCGCGGCCCGUGUCCAUCAUACGCAUCGUGGGAACCAGCAAUUCAGUCAACGAGGUGUUCCACCUGGUGCACCUGGAGUGCCCGGCGCAGGUGGAGGAGGCGCGCGAGGACCUCGCGCCCUCCAAGCGACUCGCGGACAACAAGCUCAACCCGCCACCACCCCUAUCACAUACAACGAACAACGAAAGCCGAUCAGUGUCACCGCCAAGCUCGGAAGCCAGCAACGCUACCGGCGGGGCUGCAGGCGGAGUCAGCGGCGGAGCUGCAGCUGGCGAGGCUUCCACCUCCCGCACCCGACCGCUCCCGCCCGCGGAGACGGCCACAGAGGCCGAUGAACGGUUCGAGGAAUGAUGCACACGACCCCGUCCUCCGCAGCUUCCGACUUGAACCUCAACACGUAUACGAUAAGUUGCUCCACAAUUACAAACUUUUCAAAAUAAUUAUGGAAUCACCUUCCAGCGAUGGUAUUUCCGAAUCUAUUCGAUCUUUAUACCUUAUGAAAUUAGCUUAUACCAUCUUAUAAGCCCGCCAGGUUCGAGGAAUGAUGCACUCGACCCCGUCCUCCGCAGCUUCCCACCUGGACCACAGGAACCUGAACAGGUAUACGAUAAGUCGCUCUACAAUUACAAACUUUUCAAAACAAUUGUGGAAUCACCUGCCAGCGAUGGUAUUCAAACCGAUACGAUAUUGAAACCUUCAAGAAUAGAGCUUAUACCUUUUUAAAAGGCCGGCAAUGCACUUGAAAUUCCUCUGGCAUUUGGGUUGCAGGCAAUGGUAAUUUACCAUCAGGUGAACCGCAAAUUCAUAGGCUAUAUAAAAAUUCAUAAUAAGACUACACUCUACUGUUGCAUAUGAUAUAACAAUUCCAAAAAUCGUAUAUAUUUAUACUUUAUUUGAAUAUGUACAUAAUUAUUUAGAAUUUUAGAUUUAUCAAAGUUGAAUUAAUUUUGCAUAAAUAUAUAUGAAGAUAUAAACAUAUAAAUGAACAAAAAUGGAAAAAUUAUCAUAUAUAUUCAAUCAAAGCUAUACGAAUUCGUUACUUUAAAAUUUUAUUGAUAGGUUUUUAAUAUAAUUGUAAAAUUUUACUUAAUCUUGUACAGCUUAGCAAUAAUGACCUGAGAUCCAUUUUACUUUCUUUAUUUUCUUUAGUCAAAGAUGUGAUGAUUUAUGACUAUAAAAUUGCAGAUAUGCUCCAAUAUUUUUGAUCACGUAAUAACUAAGUACAUUGGAUGGGUUUAGUAUUUCUCUUAAGUUGCGAUAUAAUUAUAUAACUGUGUUGCUAAUAAUUCUCAUUUGUAACAGAUAUUAAUCUACAGGAUUGCGAUUAUGUAUGAGCAACGUAACGGUUGCAGUCAUGAACCCAUGAAUUUAACUUGUAACUGCAACACUCAAAUCUUAGUAAUAUAAACGCGAAAGUUUGUGAAUGGUUGGAUGUUUGUUACUCUUUCACGCUAAAACUACUAAACGGAUUUUAAAGAAACUUUACAGAAAUAUAACUUAUCAGAAUAACAGACUACACAUUUCAUGCGGAUGAA